GUGAAAUUUUUCUGCACCCUUAUCCGAUGCAAGCCUUGGUGACGGCAUUCACGUUCUUGCUUGUAUUUAGAGCCAAUUAUAGGUGAGUGAAACAACGAGAAACGCCAAACGAGGAAUUGGGAUCAAACAGGACGGUAUCCAAUGAUAUUAUAAAAUACAUUCACACUUCGCACCACCUUUUUUACAUCUCGCUGGUGCACUUCUGGAUACUUGAUUGCUGCCGUAAUUCUCGCGCUCUAUUAUUUUAAAAGCUACAAUCGUUGGUGGGAAGCGUAUACAGCCGUUUACCUUAUGCAUUCCAAAUGGUUAGAUCUCGCAACUGAAAUUGCAGCAUUCCACUAUCAGUCGAGACGAUACGAUGCUUUCAAGCCGCCGGCUUUCGGUGCAAAUCCUGAAGUCCAGAAUUUAGAUGUUCGCGAAUCCGACAUCUCACGAUUGACCAACAGUGGCCUGCACAUGAGCACUGUGAAUCAGCGCGGAUCUGAUCCCCACAUGAGUUUCGAUGAUACGUUGCCCUCAGUAUCAGUAUCAGAAAAGGAAUCCUUACCAACUGCACUCCCAUUACAAAAGAAAUACAAUCGUCAGAAUAUUUCUCGUAAUGGGCUCAUCCGUCACGCAAAAAGUCCAACCAUGAUGGAUCUGAUGCAGGAAAUGGAUGACAGUGAGGCUAAACAGACUGAAAUGAGGAAACACAAUGCAAUGGAAKUGAACGAUUAUUAUACUGARAGUUCGGGAAGGAGCCAUUACACUAGUGGAAGUGAAGAAACUUCGACCAAAGGGUCAUGGUUGAAGAAGAUCAGAGAACGACGUUCCGAAGCGAAGUUGAUGCGAAAAUUGGCUAAAGAAGAAAAGCAUCGGAAUCAAAGUGACAGUCUUGCUGAGARCCUUCCUAUGAAUUUAAAUAACGUGAAGGGCAUACA